UUUUGUCAUUCAUCGUCUGCUUAUCGUCAGAGAAAACAACGUUAACCUAAAAAAAUCUGAAUUCCGAUAAUUAAUUUAAAGUAAAAUAUUGCUAGUAAUUUAUCAUAAAAUCGCACGUCUAAAGCAUUAAAACUAUGUUAUGUUCUUGUAAACAAAUAAAACAUUUGUUCAAAUGUUUGCUGAAUUGAUAAUAUUUAUUUAAACGUACGGGUAUACCUAACCGAACUGUCAACAAGUGAUGGAAAAAAUACGAGAAGUAGCGAGGUGUCCUGGACUGUAUUGUGGCCGCCAGCUGCUGGAGAAUGGCAGCUGGAGUGAGUGUGGUGCCUGCCCUCGUGGCUUCAAGGUCAACGAAACGUCGAUGUGUACACCCUGCACCGAUCAGCCCGACUUCUACGAUUGUUUGUACCUUGGAUUUAUGGUGCUUGUGCCCCUCAUGUUCCACAUAUUCUGCAUUGAUAACAUAUCGUCGGUCAGAACAAGCUACAGCAGUUCGACCGGAAUUUUGGUACUGCACUUGUCAGCGUUUUUAGAGGUGGGCUUAGCAGCUGUACUCACUCUGUACUUUUCCGACCCAAUUGGAACGUUCGAGGUGCGAUCUUGCCGAGUCAGAAUGCUCUCCGAUUGGUACACUCUACUCCAUAACCCCAAUCCGAACUUCCAAGAAACUAUUCACUGCACUCAGGAGGCCGUCUAUCCGUUGUACACUAUGGUUCUAAUUUUCUACGCGUUCAGCGUGUGCAUAAUGAUGCUGAUCAGGCCUUGGCUGGCCAAAUACUUUGUGCCGAAGGGUGGCAAGGUGACCAUCUAUGCGGCACUCUACCUCUAUCCAAUAUUGGCGGUGCUGCACUCUGUGUUCGGAGGACUCAUUUAUUACUCAUUCCCGUACAUCAUUAUAAUAUUGUCGGUGGUAUCAUCUGCGGGUCAUUUUGCUGUGGAACUCGAUCAGACGGUGCGAAACCUGCUCCUGAGCGCAAUUCGCGACUUGCGCAGUGCAGUGGUGGUGAUCGGUCACUGGGCACUGCACGCGUACGGCAUAGUGGCCCUCACCGAACUGAAGGACCCCGUCUUCCACCUGAUGCUGAUGGGCCUGGUGCCGUUGCCCGCCUUCUUCUACGUGAUGACCGCCCGCUUCACCGACCCCCACAAGGUGCACACCGAUUGAUGCCGUCGCCGCGGCCGUUGCUUCAUCACCACGCAAUAGCCGAGGUAUGCACUUUAUAGCCGAGAUGGUUUACGGUCUAUGCAUACGCCUUGUCGUCCCAUCUCCCAAUAUUGAAUCUACGCUACGCUGGUGUGAAAGACAUUUAGUCGCGAGGAUAUCUUGUUAUGCAUCUAUACAUAAAUUGGCGGAGCUUUGGACAUAUUCAUCGGAAAGAAUAUUCAAAAUAUCCUUCCCAGUUUUGAGUGUGGUGAGAGUGUGAGAACGGAACAGUUUGAAAGUCUACCAGCGUUACUUAACAUGUAAACAACCAGCUAUUUUGAGAUUGUGAAUACCUGAGGUAUUCAGGCCUGAGGAGAAAGGGAA